AUGAAUGUCUUACAAGCUUUAGUGCUGUACCUGAUAUGUGGCCGCCUAGAUCCGCAGGGGCCCAACGUCCACGGCCUUAUUGGAAUGGCAAUUGGAAUAGCCAUUAAGAUGCACCUAAAUCGCGACGGCAAUAAAUCAGACCUUUCACCAUUUGAAGCUGAAAUGCGUAGACGGCUUUGGUGGCAUAUCCUUACCUUGGACGUUGUGACUGCCCAAGAUAAGAAGACGGACCCAUGUAUUUUGGAAAGUUCAUUCAACACGAUGACGCCACAUAAUGUCAACGACAGUCAGCUCGACCCAGAUAUGAGUAGGGAAACAACAGACAGACCUGAAAACACAGAAAUGACGUUCGCCUUGUGCAAUUUUACUGUCACUUUUUACUCUCGACAGUUGAUGUUUUCAAGUGAAUUUUGCCACGAAAACUCAUAUUCAAUACUGUCGGUCCAAGAGAAGUGCGACGCAAUCCGUGUGCUGGAAAAGCAAAUUGAGGUUCAGUUUCUACAGUAUUUUGAUGAAGCAGUACCAUUGCAGAGAAUUACAAUGCUGGCUACGAGACUUAGUUUGCUGAAGAUGAAACUUUCUGUGAAUGUUCAAUCUUCCAAAGAAUCAGGCUCCAGAUAUGAUGAGAAUUUCAUCCAGGAUUGCGCGCGAUAUACGGACCAUGUCACUUCUAUGAAGAAUUGUUCAAAAGGGUUAUGUUUAAUGUGGGUCUUCGAAGACCUGCUGAGUUGGUCCGUCUGA